CCCUACCACCCCUCUGGCCCCCCUCUGGUCUGGGUGGCUUCGUCGUCUUCUACGUGGUCCUCAUGCUGCUGCUCUAUGUCACCUACACUCGGCUCCUGGGUUCCUAGGCCCCAAAAUCGGCCCUCCCUUGCCCCUUUCCCUCCCCUCUAUUUAUAAGGCCUCUGCUCCACCCCACCCCACUUGCGGUGCCUUCAGCCCCGACCAAAGACACUAGUGCACCCUCUUCGCAGACACUGACCUCAGAGGCCCCACUCUGGUGCCCCCAGACCCUGGGCCCCCAGCCUCUGGCCUCCCUCCAGUAGCCCCACGAGUUCCCACCUCUCAGUGCUGACGGUGCCUUCAUGUCCCCGCUGGCCCUGCCCCUGCCCUUUGUGCCCCGUGAGGGGUGGCAGGAGCUGGAGUCUCCCCCUUCCUCCUGUGCCCUCCCCUUCCCCCCCAACAGCUGCUAUGGGGGGGCUAAAUUAUCUCUAUUUUGUAGAGAGGAUCUAUAUUUGUAGGGAUGCGGGACCCAGGCUGGGUUCCUAUCUCUUGUGUAUAAACUGUACAGACCGUGGCCGCCCUGCCUGUGUGUGUGUGUGUGUAUGUUUGCGCGCGUCUGCUCCGCGUGGUGGUGGCUGUGGCCAUGGCUCUGUGCCCACCAGCAUCUCCCUCCUGAGAUGCCAGCCUCUCAUGCGCCCGGAGCCUCCGCCAACCCCCCGUGUCAUCUCCCUUCUGUUAUCGCUGACAGCUUUCUUGCGUCUCAUUUGUUGCCGAGCCCCGAACGCACGGUGAUGCUCGGGUCUGCCCCCGACCCCCUGCCACAGGCCGGAAGCCGCGGGGGGCACCGUGGGGAAGCUAACCCGGCCCCUUCCCCCAGGAGUCACUGUGCCAGCCCCAUCACAUCCUGGAAGAGGAGGGGGCCCCGGGAAGGGGCCUCCCCUACAUCGCUGCUGUCGUCCACGCCCUGCUGGACCGGCCUUAGGGGUGAAGGUGGGGGCACAGGGCCCACCCCGCCCGGGACCCCGGGAGCAGAAGACGCGCCUGGGCUCCGCGCUCUGAGACAAGCACUUGGUGAGGGUGGCCUGGGCCUGGGCCCACUUGGCCUACGGGCCUGGCUGCCUCCGGGGCCGAGGGUCUGGGUGGAAGGACCGCGGGUGUCGCAGGUGUCGUGUCAGCCGCAAUAAACAGAAGCCAGAAGCCCUGUGGGUGGCCCUC